AAAAAAUAACAUUUAUCCAUUUAUCCUCCAAUGCCGAAUCCAAUAUCUCAAGCUCCGAACAGUGAACCUCCGAGCUCUGAAUGACGAAACUGCCCGUGCUAUCUCCUCAAAUUUACCUUCUUUGGGGCUUACGCCAUGCUUUACUUCACUGAGCUCCUGCACCCCACUUUCAUGGAUGUCUUAGAAGCCUGGCCUCGGCCUCCGCCUCCGCCUCGCCCUUGCACUCUCUUCUUGCCACGAACUCCUUCUUGUCUGAUUCGCUCCUUUAAUUUCUUAUCACCGUUUCCUGGCCAUCACAUACCCCUUGGGAGUGUGUUCAGAUUUACUCUGUGUGCUGCAAAUCAUAAUUCUUUGACAAGAUCCCCAGUUAUGUCUGCAAAGAAAGGUCUGUCAACUGCCACUUUUGAAGGACUAUGUGAGGUAGUUUGGACUGUGGAAGCAGAUUUGGCAGAAGGUCAACUCCUCUACAUUAGUGGGGAACCUGUUGCCUUAGGCUGCUGGAAACCAGAGACCGCAAUCCUAAUGUCUCCUACUGAACAUGCAAACAUAUGGAUGGCUGAAGUCAAGAUAGCUGGUGGUGUAAAUUUCAAGUAUAAUUAUUUCAUAAAAGGAGAAAAGCAGCCUUUAUCUGACAUCACUUGGAGACCUGGGCCACAAUUUUCUUUGUCAGUUCCUCCACGUAAGAAGCCAGAAAGAAAAAUCAUAGUGAGAGAUUCAUGGAUGAGUCCUAAAUCUGAAACCUAUCUACCGCAUGCUUGGGGGUCGUGGAUUGAGGAAAUCAGUACUCCAAUAAAACCUUCAGUCUCUCAAGCUGAAGAUGAAGAUAAGAUUAUGAAACAUCAUGAAAGUGAUCUAAGCGAAGCAAAGCCCUUCUUGAAUGACCUUAUAGGCAUGGAUGAAAUAGAACCAAGUGAUAUGGUUGCAAUUAGUGAUGCAGAGGAGGGAUUAUAUUCUACUAUUUCUGAAAGAGACCAGCCUGUUGAGGAACCUUGGUUUUUGCAUUCACCUCUGUCCUUUCUCAGUUAUGGGGAUGGUAUGGAGGCCAACAGUGCCAAAGAUGAGAAAACCAGGUUGGAAGCAAAUAAUCAGCAUGACCAAAUUACUGAGAAGUUUUUGUCCGAAGAAAACAGCCGUUUAAUUUUCAAGGACUCUGUAUCUACUGUUAUUUUGAUUAAUUCUUCGAUAUGUACCAUGCAAAGGAUUGCUGUACUGGAAGAUGGUAAACUGGUUGAGUUGUUACUUGAACCAGUUAAAAGUCAUGUACAGUGUGAUAGUGUAUAUUUAGGAGUAGUUACAAAACUUGUUCCCCAUAUGGGUGGUGCAUUUGUAAAUAUUGGAAGUUCAAGACACUCUCUUAUGGACAUAAAGCACAACAGAGAACCAUUCAUAUUCCCUCCAUUUCGUCAGAGGAAAAAGAAACAAGCCAAAGAUUUUGCUUCUGGCAGUCUUAGUGAGCCUUCAGCAGCAAAUGAAAUUGAACCUUCCUCCGAAGAUGUUUUCUUUGAAGAUGCUGCAGAAGAUGACUUUGAGGACGAGGAUAUGCAAUUUAUGCAUAAUAACUCUGAUGGUAAUGAUGUUGGUGAUGAUUUUGAUGUUUUAGGAGUUCUUAAAGAGAACGUGAAUGGUAGUGUAGUUGAUUAUGGUGAAGUGGAUGCUGAUUUUGAAGAUUUGUUAGAUGGAGAGCACCACUUAGAAGGAAAUCUUAUCGGUGCCUCUUCUUUAGAAAUGUCUAAUAGCUGUUCUGUGUCACAUUCCCAAGAUAUAGAGGGUGCUGAUGAAAACAAGUGGCACCAUGUUCGAAAGGGCACCAAAAUAAUUGUGCAAGUUGUGAAAGAAGGAUUGGGUACAAAAGGUCCCACUCUGACUCCUUAUCCAAAAUUAAGAAGCAGAUUCUGGAUAUUACUCGCUUGUUGCGACAGAAUUGGAGUCUCAAAAAAGAUAACUGGUGUUGAGCGUACACGCCUGAAAGUCAUAGCAAAAACUUUGCAGCCGCAGGGGUUUGGUCUAACUGUAAGGACUGUUGCCACUGGACGUUCUUUGGAGGAGCUGCAGAAAGACUUGGAAGGUUUGCUUUCGACUUGGAAAAAUAUAGUAGAACAUGCUAAAUCUGCAGCUCUUGCAGCAGAUGAAGGUGUAGAAGGGGCAACACCUGUUUUGCUGCAUAGAGCAAUGGGUCAAACACUCUCAGUUGUUCAGGAUUACUUUAAUGAUAAUGUUAACAAAAUGGUAGUUGACUCGCCAAGAACAUAUCAUGAGGUUACCAACUAUCUUCAGGAUAUAGCUCCUGAUCUUUGUGAUCGAGUAGAGUUAUACGAUAAAAGAAUUCCCCUUUUUGAUGCAUUCAACAUUGAGGAAGAGAUCAACAGUAUCCUUAGCAAAAGGGUUCCACUACCAAAUGGAGGUUCCUUGGUGAUUGAACAAACAGAGGCCUUAGUCUCAAUUGAUGUGAAUGGAGGACAUGGGAUGUUUGGUCAUGGAACAUCACAGGAAAAAGCCACUUUGGAUGUCAAUCUUGCUGCUGCAAAACAAAUUGCUAGGGAGUUACGGCUUAGGGAUAUUGGUGGCAUUAUUGUAGUGGAUUUUAUUGAUAUGGCAGAUGACUCAAACAAGAGAUUAGUAUAUGAAGAAGUUAAGAAAGCAGUUGAGAGAGACCGAUCAAUGGUGAAAGUCUCUGAAUUAUCGAAACAUGGGCUCAUGGAAAUAACAAGAAAGAGGGUUCGGCCUAGCGUCACAUUUAUGGUUAGUGAACCAUGCACUUGUUGUCAUGGUACGGGGAGGGUUGAAGCUUUGGAGACCUCCUUUUCAAAAAUUGAACAAGAAAUUGGUCGAUUACUUGCGGUGAUGAAACAGAAGACACACCCUGAAAACCCAAAAUCUUGGCCAAGAUUUAUCCUGAGGGUUGACCAACACAUGUGCAAUUACUUAACUUCGGGGAAAAGGACAAGACUUGCAAUUUUGAGUAGUUCCCUGAAAGUUUGGAUUCUUUUGAAGGUUGCACGAGGUUUCACCCGGGGAGCAUUUGAGUUGAAACCAUUUACAGAAGAGAAAGCAGGCAAAAACCAGCAUCAAGUGGCUAUAUCAAUGCUUAGAACAGCAGAAGCCGGAACUAGCAAAUCUGGGAAGAAACUGACGCUUGUUCCAGUUAAGAGGGCCAAGGUUGAUAGGAAAUAACAGAGAAGGAUUGUUCUUAUAGAACGUGGGCUUCUUCCCCCACCCAAAGAUCUUAUAUUCAGAGAAAGGAUCCAACAAACAAAGAGCUUACCGAAGUUAUGGUUAGUAUUAAAGUGAUUUCGAGGGCAUUGUUGCUGUUAGUACCCGUACACUGUAAGUCAAACCAGGAUAGCUCCUACUACCUUUUUUUCCUUUUUUUUUUUUGGUUUCCAUAUUACUUGGCAUGCCAAUUUUGAUCCUGAGAACAUCUUUCUGGACUGUAAUGUUCAAUGGUUUCACUUAGAAAAGCUAGAUAAAUUGAGUAUCAUUUCCUGAGAAAUAAAAGUUUAAAUCUUUAGAGUUUAGGUUAA